GACGUUAACUCUCGAGAAAUAUCACAUAGUACGUGAGUAGGGACAGAUGUGAUGGAACAAAGUCACGUUUUCCUCAGCUUAUUAAUCUAAUCAUCCUCCACGUGCAACAUGUCGACUUUGAGUUACUGGAAUGAGCCUAGCACUCUGAUAUAUGACAACACCAGCAUUGUCGAUCGCGCGAGAACGAGAACUGAAGUUUACCCGGAUGUUAUUCCUUUCAUCGAAAGGUCAAUGUCUGGUUCUAGGAGAUCCCUGACGAACCAGGAGUUUCUGCAGAAGGUUGAGAAAAUAGCUAAAUACCUAGUGUCUGUGGGGGUUCGUAAAGGCGAUAUGAUUGCCAUAUUUGGGCCAAACUCACUGGAGUGGAUUAUCGGGGAAUUCGCUAUCUUUUUCGCCGGGGCGGUUUCAGUUCAUAUAAAUAUAAACAAACGAGACGCAAGUGAUGCAGUUGAAGUCAUCGACAUCUGUAAAUGUAGAUUUUUACUGAUAGACCCGGCCGACAACAGUGGUGCACUGGAGCUAAUAUCAGAGUUCAAACAGAGAACCGACAAUAAUCAAAUAUUCCUUCUCAGAAAAAGUGAGAAUUGUCCAUUCCACGACUUAGAAUCGGAGCUUAGUGCUCCAGAAAGAAAAUCCGAGUUACCAAAGGUUGACGCUGAGGACGAUGCCGUUAUUUUUACAACCUCAGGCAGCACAGGAAAUCCAAAACUGGUCCUUCACACUCAUUCUGCGGUUGUUUGCAAUAUUCCGACCGAUAAAGAAAGCCCGACGUAUGCUAUGUUGGGGGGUCCUUCGAUGUUCAAAACCUUUAAUGACCGUACUUUCAGCUGGAUGGGAGGGUCACCAAUCGUGAGCUUCGUGUAUGGUAAUCAGUUUAUAUUUACUUCCUCGAAGACACUUCCGACAAAGGAACAUGCAAAACAAAUAUGGGAGAUGAUGAAGGAGGAAAACUGUAUGGGUGGAUGGUUUCUACCUUAUUUACUUCAGAAUAUGAUUGACACACAUGCCAUACCAGAAGAUGAUGAUUUCAGACUACAAAUGCUGUUUUCUGGGGGUCAAAUUAUUGACGACACAUCCAUGAAGGAGGUAUGGCGAUACUGCGGGACCCUUUUUAUCGGGUAUGGGUUCACUGAAUCGUUUAGUAGUGUGGCUGCACUAAUCCUAACUGAAGGUCAGCCGUAUUACAAAGGGAAUGUUGGAAAAAUUUCAAAGGGUGUGGAGUUGAGAAUUGUAGAUGAUUCAGAAAACAUCGUUGAGCUGGAAAGUCAAGGCGAAAUCCAAAUACGUCAAAACUCACUGAUGAAGGGAUAUUUUGCAAACGAUGAACUUACAAAAGCAACAUUCACACCAUCGGGGUGGUUUAAAACCGGCGACAUCGGCUAUCUUAGAGAGGAAGGGGCUCUCUUUAUUACAGGGAGGAAGAAAGACAUCAUCUCUCGAGGAACAAGGAAAAUCAUGCCGGCAGGUAUAGAAGACAAAGUCAAGGACAUGCCUGGCAUUAAACACGUGGUUGUAGUCGGGGUACCGGACGAUCUGCUGCUGGAAGAAAUCUGCGUAUGCUUCAGUUCCGUCGAGGGGAAGGACGUCACCCCGGCUGCUGUUGAGGAGUUUUGUAAAAAUGUCUACCUGAAAGAAGAAACUGCGGACGGGAUGGGGGAAAUGCCGAAGUAUUUCCAGCGUUUUGAAUCGUUUCCAUUACUCCACAAUGGCAAGAUGAACAAGGUGCAGUUGAAACUUAAUGCAGCGCAAAAUCUUAAGCUAGGAAAUUAAUCACACGCCCAUCGAGAUUCCGACAGCAGCAUUAAACGUGGCCGCAUGACUAAAUAAUGAACGGACGGAGAAAACAGGGAAAAUGGUCAUUCUGGACAAAAACAUACCUCGCCAGAGUAUUUGUGCUUAGUCUGGCGUAAAUGUGUGUGAUUAUGGAUAUACAGCAUACACUUAUACAUGGCUGAUAUUUCCACCUGGUACAUUUUGCCUCUUUAACUGUCAUUGGUCGUAUCUAGAUUUCACGAGACAAGCUAAAUCGUAACCAGGGAAGUGGUACACCUUAAGUUAAUAUGGUGUCCCCGCUAUAACGCAAGUUAUAAGGAUAUACGUAAAGAUUGAAUAAGUGCAAUUAGGAUUUCAGUCAUUUCAUCGGCAUUGUUUUUCUUUAAGUUCAAAGACAGCUAAUAAAACAAGAGGCCCAUGGGCCUUAACGGUCAUCUGACAAACAAUUGUCUAUAUGCUGUCAGUUAUGUUUCACAUCAAAUUUGGUUUUUAUCUAUUUGGCUAAAGGAGGAGCAGCAUCUUAAAAGCAAAAUUUCAGCCAAGUUCCCAUUUUUGGGCCAUGUCCCUCUGUCCCCAUAUUUGGGACAAGCCUCAUUUAUAUCAAUUAGGAUUGCCCUUCCCCGAUGAUGUUUCAUACUAAAUAUGGUUGUAAUCAAUUAAUGCAUUCAGAAAGAGAAGCAUUUUUAAGCAAAUAUUUGGUUAAGUUCCCAUUUAGGGGCCUCACCCCUCUGUCCCCAUGGGCCCAACAAGCCUCAUUUAUAUAAAAUACGAUUGCUGUCCCCUUAUGAUGUUUCACACCCAAUUUGGUUGUUAUCCAUUAAAGAGUAACGUUUUAAAUCAAUUUUUUCAGCUAAGUUUCCCGUUUGGGGCCUCGCCCCUGUGUCCCCAGGGUUCACACUAGAAUAAUUCAAAAAAAUAUGAAUACCCUCCGCUAAUGAUGUUUCAAACCAAAUUUGGAUGUUAUCCAGCCAAGGGUUAAAAAGGAGUAGUGUUUUAAAGCAAUAAUUCACCUAUUCUUCCCCCAACCCCUUUGGGGCCUGCCACUCGGGCCUCAAGGGUCACAUCAGCUACAUUUAUAAAAAAAAAUAUGGUUGCCCUUACCUGUUAAUGUUUCACACCAAAUUUGGAUGUAAUCCACCCAAGGAUUCAGCAAAGUCCCCCUUUUUAUAUAAAAUAUAAUUGCCCUCCCCCAAUGAUUUUGAAUUUGGUAUUAAUCCACCCAAGGGUUAUGGAGUAGUAGCGUUUUGAAAUAAAAGUCUUACGCAAGGUGGACCACGUACGUUUUGUUUUCAGAUACGCAUAGGUAAGCGUCGUGUAAUGCAAUGUCUGCAAUGUUUUACAAGUAAGAUAGCAGUCAGCGAUCCUGUAAUCUAAUUUGUUCAGUGGUAUGUACAUAGAAUAUUUAAAAAAAAAAUGGAAUAAAUAUUGCACAUAUUAUAUUAUACAGUUGUUUGGCUUCUCUUUAUUAGUUUCAUGAUUUAUAAAUAAAAUGUCUUAUUAGCA